CGGCGAGGAGAGAAAGGCUGGCGGCAGGUGCCGGGGGACCCCUUUUUCGGACGCCAAACACUCAUCAAACACCGUUCAUUGACUCGUCGGCACAAAUAGUUAAAACAGGAGAGAGAAGCAAGAGACAGAGGAGAGAGAGAGAGAGAGGGUUUUUUAUCGCUCUAUAAAGUUGAUUAGUGCAAUUAGGGAAGAAAAAAUCUUCUCAUUUUCGUUUUAUUUUGGUUUUGGCUCUUUUGGGUUGGUUUGGACAUUGAGGGAUUUGGGAGGUAGGGUUCUUGGGGAUCGAAUUGUGAUUUGGUGGAGAGAAGGAGAAAGAGGGGAGAGAGAUGAGGGAAAUUAUAAGCGUUCACAUAGGGCAAGCUGGGAUUCAGGUGGGGAAUUCGUGCUGGGAGCUAUACUGCCUCGAACAUGAAAUCCAACCCGAUGGUAUGAUGCCCAGUGACACUUCAGUGGGUGUUGCACAUGAUGCUUUCAAUACCUUCUUUAGUGAGACCGGUGCAGGAAAGCAUGUGCCUAGAGCUGUAUUUGUUGAUCUUGAACCAACUGUCAUUGAUGAGGUGAGGACAGGGCCAUACAGGCAGCUUUUCCAUCCUGAACAACUUAUUUCUGGCAAGGAAGAUGCUGCCAAUAAUUUUGCUAGGGGGCAUUAUACAGUGGGAAAGGAGAUUGUUGACUUAUGCCUUGAUCGAGUCAGGAAAUUGGCGGAUAACUGCACUGGUUUACAAGGCUUUUUAGUCUUUAGUGCUGUUGGUGGUGGUACUGGCUCUGGUUUAGGGUCUUUGUUGCUAGAACGCUUGUCUGUGGACUAUGGGAAAAAGUCGAAGCUUGGCUUUACUAUCUAUCCCUCUCCCCAGGUUUCAACUGCAGUUGUGGAGCCUUAUAACAGUGUUCUCUCAACUCAUUCGCUUCUUGAGCACACAGAUGUUUCUGUGCUCUUGGACAAUGAAGCUAUAUAUGACAUCUGCCGUAGAUCCUUAGAUAUUGAGAGGCCAACUUAUACCAAUUUGAAUCGGUUAAUAUCUCAAAUCAUAUCAUCCUUGACCACUUCCUUAAGGUUUGAUGGAGCCAUUAAUGUUGACAUUACAGAGUUCCAGACUAAUCUUGUACCUUAUCCACGCAUCCAUUUCAUGCUUUCCUCAUAUGCUCCUGUGAUCUCGGCUGAGAAAGCAUACCAUGAGCAGCUAUCCGUUCCUGAAAUCACAAAUGCAGUGUUUGAACCUUCCAGCAUGAUGGCUAAGUGUGACCCAAGGCAUGGGAAAUACAUGGCCUGUUGCUUGAUGUACCGUGGAGAUGUUGUACCCAAGGAUGUGAAUGCUGCUGUUGCCACUAUCAAAACCAAACGUACUGUUCAAUUUGUUGACUGGUGCCCAACUGGCUUCAAAUGUGGCAUCAACUAUCAGCCUCCAACAGUGGUACCCGGAGGUGAUCUUGCACGGGUGCAGCGAGCUGUAUGCAUGAUCAGCAAUAAUACAGCAGUGGCCGAGGUGUUCUCUCGCAUCGACCACAAGUUCGAUCUCAUGUAUGCCAAGAGAGCAUUUGUUCAUUGGUAUGUCGGCGAAGGGAUGGAAGAAGGAGAAUUCUCAGAAGCCCGUGAAGAUCUAGCUGCUCUUGAGAAAGAUUAUGAGGAAGUUGGUGCUGAGGGUGUGGAAGAUGAAGAUGAUGGUGAAGAUUAUUGAGCUUGUUAUGGUGUUCAAUUAGUUAAGCUUUGCCUAUUCCUGUUUUUGCUGUGUCACUGUUGUCAUAUUUCCCUCAUAUAUCACUAUUAUCAUCUCCCUUCAUUCUAUGGAUGUUGAAAUUGUGUUGUGUUUCUGAUUAUUAGUGUUUCCUGUGGAUUAAUGAAGUGCAUUUUUUGAAUUAAA